UCAGAGGGACAAGGAGCGGGAAAGGCGCAGCAGCAUCAUCACAAAAUUGAAAGAGGUGAAGUGUGAGUGUGACCGCGUGGCCAUUCGAGAGAGCGAAACUGGGAGACAGAUCACGCGAUGACGACGACGAUUUGCUCUACUCUGCUUUUUAAUUUCAGCCAUUUUUAAUUUUCUCUCGCUUUGCCGCGAUAUAAAGUCCAAAGCAGCACUCAACUGCCAUCCGCCAACGACAAAGUAAAAGCAAAAGAGAGCGAAAUCUCGAAAGGCAUUGACGCCAUCGUUGCGUGCGUGUUUGUGUGAGGAUUCUAUUCCCCCCAACUACACAAAACCUGGAAUCGCACCACCACGCAAAACCCUAACCCCAAAUCCUAUCAAAUCAAAAGCCCUUGUAAUAAACAAUAAUAACCCCGAAUAUCCCCAAAUAGCCCUCCACCCCCACCCCCACUCACACUAAUCUCUCUAUCUUUAACAGUGAUAUCUGUCGCCUUCAAUUGGGACUUUCCACCACUACGCCAAUUUUUUGUCCUCUCUCUUGUCUCUAUCUCUAUUGGGUUAUAAAACUUGGGGUGUUUGGGUAUGAAUCAAAUUUCUGGGACCAAGGACCCAGAAGACGAGCCCGUGGCUCAGUCUCAGUCCCAGUCUCUGCCUCAACCCGAAGUCCAGGAGGUUACCAAGGGUUCCGAUAAGACUGAAUCGGUGGGGGGUGAAGAAGAGGCCGUGGUGGAGGAGAAACCAGUGAGCGAUCCAAUGGAGGAAGAUCCUGUGAGUUCUGCCACUGUUUUUUGCAUCAAGCUGAAGCAACCUAGGUCCAAUUUACAGCACAAGAUGAGUGUGCCGGAACUUUGUCGCAAUUUCAGUGCUGUUUCUUGGUGUGCAAAACUGAAUGCUAUAGCCUGUGCUGCUGAAACAUGCGCCAGAAUCCCAAGUUCAACUACCAAUCCACCAUUUUGGAUCCCUAUACAUAUUGUGAUCCCAGAGAGACCCACUGAAUGUGCAGUGUUCAAUGUCAUAGCAGAUUCUCCUCGAGAUUCUGUUCAGUUCAUUGAAUGGUCUCCUAUUUGUUGUCCACGUGCAUUAUUGAUAGCUAAUUUCCAUGGGAGAGUGACUAUCUGGACUCAACCAUCUCAAGGUCCAGCUAAUCUUGUGCAUGAUACUAGCUGCUGGCAGCGGGAGCAUGAGUGGCGGCAGGAUGUUGCUGUUGUUACAAAGUGGCUAUCAGGGAUGUCUCCGUAUAGGUGGCUUUCAUCCCAGUCGAGUGUUUCUGCCAAUUUGACAUCAACAUUUGAGGAAAAAUUUCUUUCUCAGCAAUCACAAAAUUCAGCUAGAUGGCCCUAUUUUCUUUGCGUCUGUUCCAUUUUCUCAUCAGGCUCUGUUCAACUUCAUUGGUCCCAGUGGCCCCCCAGUCAGAAUGGUGCACCACCCAAAUGGUUUUGCACUAGUAAAGGGCUCUUGGGUUGUGGGCCCAGUGGAAUUAUGGUUGCUGACGCUAUCAUAACAGACAGUGGUGCUAUGCAUGUGGCAGGUGUGCCAACUGUGAACCCAUCCACCAUUGUUGUUUGGGAGGUGACUCCUGGGCCUGGAAAUGGCUUCCAAGUAACGCCAAAGACAAGCACUAGUAAUGGUGUCCCACCUCUUAGCCCACCCAGCUGGGCAGGUUUCGCACCUUUAGCUGCAUAUUUGUUUAGUUGGCAAGAUUAUCUGCUAUCUGAAGCAAAGCAAGGGAAAAAACAAACAGAUCAAAGCCUUGUUGAUGCUGUGCCACUUCACUGCUCCCCAGUGUCAAAUUUUUCAGCGUAUGUAAGUCCUGAAGCUGCGCCUCAGUCUGCUGCAACUACAACAUGGGGUUCUGGUGUAACUUCAGUGGCUUUUGAUCCAACUCGUGGUGGUUCUGUGAUAACUGUAGUGAUAGUGGAAGGACAAUACAUGUCCCCUUAUGACCCAGAUGAAGGCCCUUCAAUUACAGGCUGGAGAGUACAGCGCUGGGAGUCUUCUUUUCAGAAUGUUGUCCUUCAUCCAAUAUUUGGGAACCCCACCUCCAGUAUGGGUGGACAGCCACCUGUGCAAACUGUUUGGCAGUCUAAGGUAGACCUGAGCAUACCACCGACAGAUGAUUUCAAAAUUCAUCAAGCUGCUGCUGCUGGACUGAGUGGAGUUGUGCAAAAGGCAUCUGAGCCUGGUUCUGAUAAGUCAAAAAGGGUUGGUUUUGAUCCAUCUGAUCUUCCAAGUGAUGUCAGGGCACUUUCUCGAGUUGUUUACUCUGCUCAUGGUGGUGAAAUUGCCAUUGCUUUUCUUCAUGGUGGGGUGCACAUCUUUUCUGGCCCCAAUUUUACACCUGUUGACAGUUAUCAGAUUAAUGUUGGAUCUGCAAUUGCUGCUCCUUCCUUUUCUGCAACAAGCUGCUGUUCAGCUUCUGUUUGGCAUGACACUAGCAAGGACCGUACGAUAUUGAAAAUAAUCAGGGUUCUUCCUCCCGCUGUUCCACUUAGUCAAGUAAAGGCCAACUCAUCAUCGUGGGAGCGUGCAAUUGCUGAAAGGUUUUGGUGGAGCCUUAUGGUUGGUGUUGAUUGGUGGGAUGCUGUGGGCUGCACACAGAGUGCUGCUGAGGAUGGUAUUGUCUCACUGAACAGCGUUAUUGCAGUCUUGGAUGCAGAUUUUCAUUCCCUUCCUACUACUCAGCAUAGGCAACAGUAUGGCCCUAGUCUAGACAGGAUAAAAUGUAGGCUACUGGAAGGAACAAAUGCCCAAGAGGUCAGGGCAAUGGUCUUGGAUAUGCAAGCUAGGUUGUUGUUGGAUAUGCUUGGGAAAGGAAUCGAAUCAGCUUUUUUAAAUCCUUCUGCUUUAGUGGCUGAACCGUGGCAAGCAUCUGGUGAGACAUUAUCCAACAUUGAUCCUGAAGCAAUGGCCGUUGAACCUGCUCUAGUUCCAAGUAUCCAAGCUUAUGUUGAUGCAGUUCUUGAUCUUGCUUCACAUUUUAUUACACGUCUGCGGCGAUAUGCUAGUUUCUGUCGUACAUUGGCAAGUCAUGCUGUGACUGCAGGCACUGGAAGUAACCGCAGUAUGGUUACUAGUCCUACCCAGAGUUCUCCAGCUCCGGCAACAAGUCAGGGACAAGUUCAGGGUCAGGGAGGUCAAAAUGGGACUACCAGCUCUACUGGAAGCACCCAGAUGCAAGCCUGGCUACAAGGGGCAAUUUCAAAGAUCGGUAGUAGCACUGAUGGAGUGUCCAAUCUGCCUCCAAAUCCCAUCAGUGGUCCUUCAUCAUUUAUGCCCAUUAGCAUUAAUACCGGAACAUUUCCUGGAACACCUGCUGUUAGACUUAUUGGGGACUGUCACUUCUUACACAGAUUGUGCCAACUGUUGCUUUUCUGUUUUUUCUUUCGAAGAACACAACUUCCCCGCUAUAUGGGGGCUGCACAUAGAACUGCUGAUGCAAAUAUGCAGAAACCCCAAGCUAAUGGUCCUGCUUCUGCCAAGGUGGAGGACAUUGCGAAGCCAUUGUCAGGUGUGGUGAGGUCAGAUGAUAAUCAAACAGGUCGUGCUGGUCAGCUGGUGCCUGGGACAAAAGGAGGCGAGGAAGCAUCCUCUGGGCGUUCCCGAUUGGGCACUGGAAAUGCUGGCCAAGGAUAUACGUUUGAAGAGGUGAAGGUGCUUUUCUUGAUACUUAUGGACCUGUGUCGCCGAACUGCUGGUUUGCAACACUCUUUACCAGUUUCUCAAGUGGGGAGCAGUAACAUUCAGGUUCGGCUGCAUUAUAUCGAUGGGAACUACACAGUUCUGCCAGAGGUUGUGGAAGCAUCCCUUGGCCCACAUAUGCAGAACAUGCCCCGUCCUAGAGGUGCAGAUGCUGCUGGAUUACUUCUUCGUGAGUUAGAACUCCACCCUCCAGCAGAAGAGUGGCAUAGACGAAAUAUGUUUGGUGGACCUUGGUCGGAUCCAGAUGAUAUGGAUUCUGCAAAUGAUGCACCUAAACUAAUUAGUUAUGAAGAUUCACUAGAUUUCAGUUCACUGGAGAAUUGCGACAGUGGGUCUCACAGGUUAUGGCCUAGGAAGCGAAGGAUGUCUGAACGAGAUGCAGCUUUUGGGUUGAACACUUCUGUGGGCUUGGGAGCUUAUCUCGGUAUAAUGGGAUCUCGGAGAGAUGUUGUUACUGCCAUGUGGAAGACUGGCCUUGAAGGGGUUUGGUACAAGUGCAUAAGAUGUCUGCGGCAGACUUCGGCCUUUGCUUCACCUGGUGCUGCUAACCCCCCUAACCAGAAUGAUCGAGAAAUGUGGUGGAUCAGCCGCUGGGCCUAUGGUUGCCCCAUGUGUGGUGGAACAUGGGUUCGAGUUGUAUAGCUGGCUACACCACCAUUUUUAUGAUAUGGGUUUCUCUGUGCUAACUAAAUGUAAUUUAGCAGCAUUGCAUGCAUUUGCUACAUGUAUGCUAAAUGCAGGUGAUUCGCUGACUGCAAUUGUACAGGAGAGGAGAGUUGCUGAAAAUCUUGACAUCUGAAUUGGACUUCAGUAGCUUUUCUGCUGAUCACCUUGUAGGGUUCUGUUGAAUUCAAAGCAAUUAAUCCUGAUCUUAAUCUUUUUAUUUUGGGAAGUAUGGCAACGUUACCACCAAAGGAUUGGUUUCCACUUUGCACGGUGUUUGAAGGCUCUUCCUGGCAGGCAGUAUUGUUGAAGUGAUUGUUGCUGGUUGAUCCAAGAUCAGGAACCUGUAUCAGGUGUCCUUGUUAAUCCAGUGAAAAAAUGGAAGUGCUAUGGGCUGCCCCUGCAUGAGUUUAUAGAAACCUAUUCGGUUGGUCAGUGAUAUGUACCAUAUAAAUAAUAGUCACCUCAGUAACACUAGCAGAAAAUUUGCUGUCUCUGCAUGUGCUACUAAAGAGUAGAUGGGCAUUUACAGGCUCCUUUGUUUUUUUAACUAACAUGUAAACAAUGUUUUAAUAAUAUGAUAGUGUGGGUCCUGACAAGGAGAAGCAAUAGUCAUAACUUCGAAGUUAUUGCAAGCGGUUUACUUGACUACCUUGGGUUUGUUCUCCUGGCUAAUUGCAAAAUGGAAAUGUUUGUUUAAA